AUGAACAGGCGAGCCUUCUCCUCGAUAUCUGAAAGACGCUCCUAUGCCAGACCAUCGGCAGCACCAAAUAUCGCACCGGGUACCGUACGGAAGACUAAACCGAGACAGAAGAGUGCUGUAAACGAGAAGAUAAUUAGUCUCUUAGAGUAUCUUGAAAGCGCUGGCUAUCCCGAGGCUGUCUCUAGCCGAACCCUCCAAAGUCCCAGCAGUCAACUUGUAAUGCAUAUCUUUGAAUUCAUGGUUCGACUGCGAGAUCCCUCCUUCUGUAUACCUCCCGCGAAGAUUGCCGCCGAAGAUUGUUUCCUUUCUACGUUACGCACCCUGGGUUACCGGGGGACCAUGAGCAAGAGUCUGAUUUCGACUCCUGGUGCAAUGCACGCCUGGCCACAUGUCCUCGGCGCUCUGGACUGGCUGCGCGCUGAAUCGCAGGCAGUAGAUGAAGCAAUAGUUUCUCAAACAAUCUUCACCCCACACGACCGUCAGGCGUUGUCGGAGCCACCGUUGCCUAAAACUGUCUUAGAGUUCUUUGUCAACGCCCUACGCGAAGACCCUUCCGGAAAUAUUGACCCAGACUCAUAUAUAGUAAAGAUGGAAAUUAGGAGUCAUAGUGCUCACGAAUACCCAGAGGCCAGAGAGGCCCUUAUCGUGUUACUUGUCGUCACCGGCUAG